CUAGGUUACUGUGAGGUCUCCUGUAUGUGACAUAGAUGGUAAACAUUCACAAGUUCCGGUAUUCGAUUGCACAGAGAGAAGACAAUACGUAAAAGUGCUUUUGAAUGAGGGACAUUGUUUUCAACUGUUUAUGAACGUAAAUCGUAACCCGGCGGAGAGUACUCUCAGCCGUGGCAUUCUUAUAGCAGACGAAAGGUUGACGUUUUGUUUAUGACCACGUGUUGUGUACCUGACAGAAAGAAAAACAACUUUGCAACACAAUACCUCGCUUGGCCUAAUGUUUAAACAACUGUUUUGUUUCGUUUUUGGCUGUCACUUGUAUUCAAAAUGGACGCAUACCCUAGACGGAUGUUUUAGAGCGACUUAUGAGACAUGUCUAACCAUGUAGCUACCUUGUUUCGUCAAUUGAUUAACGUCCAUUCUUUACAGCUUGAUCUAAAUAUCUAGGGGAACAUAAAAACGUUUAUGGAAAUCAAAUAUGGCACCUGUUUAUGUGCUCAUAGCUGUUGUGAUAUCUGUCGUCUGCGAUCGGAUACUCGGAGAGGAUAUGGUUUGUGACUCGGGUAUGAUAGCUCAGAAUGGAGAUAUUGACUUUGUCUAUAUCUUGGAACUCCACGAGGCCCAGAACGGGACGUGUGGUUUGAUCUCCAGCACGGAGAUCCAGAACGCCAUUGCCAUCGACUGGGCCAUCAACAAGCUGAACGGAAACGGAAACCCUAACAGGUCGUUUAUUCCUGGAGUCCAGAUUGGAUACAAGAUAUACGAUGACUGUGGCUUAAAGAAACAUGCUAUUCAAAGUCUGUUUGACGUCUGGGACGCUAGAGGUAGCUGUAACACGAGCCUACAAACUCCAAUCGCAGGAAUAAUUGGCACGACGGUGAGCCAGUCGACUACUGCAGUGGCCGACAUGUUGAGUACCAGUCGAAUUCCAAUGAUCGGUGUAUCUGCUACAACACCGGACCUGAGCAACAAAACCCUCUACCCAAACUACAUCAGAACUGUGCCCUCUGAUGCCAUUCAGAGUAAGGUAAUUUUAGACAUUGUGAAGCACCUGAACUGGAGCUACAUAGUUGGUGUUCACACGGACGACAACUACGGCACCAACGGCUUUGAACACUUUCGACAAUAUGCCGAGAACUCUGGCAUCUGUGUCUUCAGAACCCACGUCAUCCACAGAGAGGACACAAAACUGCAGUCCACCCUGACAGACUUCAUCAGAUCGCUCUUCAUUGACCUGGAGAAGACCCGAGACGGAAACGUCGGCGGCGUCUACUACGGCUUCAAUAAAGAGGCGGUCCUUCUGUACCGGACUAUAACCGAACGACAGCCGUCUUGGGUUCUGGAGAGGGAGUCGAUUCACAAGGUGCACUGGGUGAUGAGCGACGGGGUGGGUAAUAGCGCCGAGCUGGCGCGCGAACUCCAGCCCUACAAAAACAUGGUUAUAACGGUGUCGCCUUCGGUAGUGAAGUCGAGCGAGAUCAGAGAUAACUUUGCCAGUGUUCUCAGCACCGCCAGCAGCCCGAGUAUGCAGGACAAAUGGUCGCCGUGGAUAAACGAAUACGUCGAGUAUCUUUAUCACUGUUCUCCUCCAGCGUCUUCAGACAAGAAGCUGACUGCGUGUUCUGCGAGUCUCGAUAUGAUGAGGAAGUUCAGUUUUUACGAUUACGUCACAGCGGCGCUCGAUGCGACGUACAUAUUGGCGGAUGUCAUGAAAUCGGCGCAUGGGAACAUGUGCAGCUCCCGGCAUGAAUAUUGCGCUCCUUUUCUAAAGAAAGUCAAAGAUGGGAUUCUGCCGGAAUACAGACCGGGGCCUAUCAGGUACUCAGACUUUGAACAAGAGGUUGUGCCCGAGCUGUUUGUCAGAAACGGGAGGGAAUUGGUGGUUACAGAUGACGGAGACCUGACUGCGUUGAACUCUUCACUCUACGAUUUCAACCUGGCAUCAGAUGGGCAAUUUUAUACGAUUGGGCACUACAUCGAUGACAGUCUGGAGCUAAACGAGAGUCUGAUGAUGCAGUUGAGACAUUCUAGAGCCACGCCUAGUUCAGCAUGUAAGCAUGUGUGCCGGGAGUGUCAUAGAACACCAGAAGUUCCAUUUGCCUACAUUCCAGGAGAUGUGCUACUCCUUGGCCUGUUCUCUUUGCACACUCCUCAUAGCAGCCGAGACUAUCGCUGUAGCGAUGGAUACAGCCAGAGGGGAUUGCACGCUCUGCUUUCUUUCCUCGGUGCCGUGGAGGCACUAAAGGAAGAAACUGGAGAAAGGUUCGGUGCGAUUGCCAUCGACGACUGCUACAACCCUCUGACGUCGAGCCUCAUUCUGAACACUGUGUUGAGCGGCAAGACUAUCCUCAAGGACCCGGUAACUCAAGAAGUGAUCGACGUCAGCAAAAUCGUCGCGGCUGUCGGCGCACAGUCGAGCACGGUCACCCUCGCAGCUGUGCAACCACUACAGAACCUGGGCAUUCCCCUGGUGUCGUACGGCGCAACGUCACCCGUGCUCGACGACAAAGAGACCUAUCCUUUCUUUCUGAGAACCGUUCCCAGCGACACAGUUCAGUCAAAGGCGAUGGUAGAGCUUGUGCAGAAGUUAGGGGUCACCCAUGUGAGCACCAUCAGUAUAAAUAACAACUACGGAAGGAAAGGAAUAGGACAGUUCAGGAUGAUGGCCGAGAAACUGGGAAUCUGUGUUGGAGAUCCCUACGAGGUAUCUGUUGAUUCUAACGUGGUUACACUCUUUAGUAUUCUUACCCUGAUUGCUGAAUCAGGUUCAAAGGUCAUAGUGUAUUUUGGAACUGCGUCGAUAGCUUCAGAUCUUCUUGACUCCAUGGAGGAUUUCGAGGAGCCGAUGAUUUUUAUAGGAAGUGAGGCGUGGGGUGCCAACCCAGACGUGCUUCGAGACAGACGGAGUCUUGUGGUGCGUGGAUCCUUUACCUUUGUAGUAGAUGUAAAUGUGAAGAUUAGCAACUUGUUGAGGCGACAUAUACUGAGUUUGAGUCCAAAGAACAUAACGCACAAUCCAUGGUUGGGUCACUUUUGGCAAGCCAACUUUCAAUGCAAUCUGCCUGGAGGCUUCGACAAUAUCUUCUCAAAACUGUGCCCAUUGUCUGUCAGACUCAGCAAUGAAGAUGUCAACACAAUCCUGGCUGAGGACUUGGCUCUUCGAGUAAUUGAGGCUGUGCAUGGCGUGGGGUAUGGUUUCAUGGAUGCGAAGAGGUUAGCUGCGUGCUCCAGCACUUGGCCUUGUAGAUCGUUCACUUCUGGUCUUCUGCUGGACAGAAUUAAAAAUGUCAGUCUCAGAGACGAAUCUGGAACGAUUUCAAAGCCUUUCACUAAAGCUGGGAAUGGCAACGUUGGAUUUAUUAUUAAUAACAUACAAAGACUUCCAAGCGGUUCGUAUGGAUAUGUUCCGGUUGGGAGUUUUAGUGAACAAAAUGGACUUCAGAUCAAGAGAGAAGACAUCACAUUUUAUGAUGCUGUAGGCAGGCCUGGAUACGAACUGAAAUCGUCCUGUGAAUUUAUCACUCUUUGCCGCGUCUGUUUGGAUCGACACUCAAAAGGGGAUAACUCUACUUCUGUGAGAACUGACGGGAGCGUAUCUGAAGAGUUACUGCCCGUUGUGAUUGUGUUGUCAGUGCUGUGCUUUCUAAUGAUGGUCUUCUUGGUCAUCAUCGUUGUCGUCCUCAUCAGGAACAAAACGCGGCGCAGUAAGGAAUUCUCUAACAGACUGGGUCACCAGCCAAGACAUCAUUCAUAUGAAGACCUGGACAUGCAGGAGGUUCCGCGCAACCCUAACGUCCCAACUCUUUCGAACCGUCUUUCCCCUCCUGUCCCAUGCUCUGGAUGGUCACAGGGGUCCACCACGCCAAACACCACAGACAGCAGCACCACCAGCACGUUCACCACUCACAGCUCCCUCUCCCAUACCCAGGUCAAACCUGGAUGGCCGGAUAAUCACGGGAAGUCCAUUACAGCUAACAGCCAGGAAUCGUCUUCCCCAACAGCUGAUUCGGUUCCUUCCGAUAUUUCCACACAAAUACAAGGCGCUAUGGGUGGUUCAAUAUCACCUCAAAAGUUGAACCCAGUUCCUGAAAACGACAUUUCCAAUGCUGGUUAUAUACACCCAGUUUUUGAUCCAGAGCAACUUCAGGGAUUUCUCAAUGCAAAUAUACAGAUGCCUCCUCGUCCUUCUUUUUCUUCUUCUUCAUCGGAGCAAGUUACUGGUUCAGUACCUCAUAUGAAUAAGAGUUUUUCUGAUGUGGCCAUGCAGACGAUGCCUCAUAGCCAGAGUGCAUCUGCCAGACAGAGGAGCUACUCUGAUACAAUCGAUGUUGGGGGCCACCUUGACAAUCCUGGUGUGACCUCACAAAAAGGACAAAAUACUGUGGAAGAAGACAACUUUCGUCAAAGUGAUGACGAUGGACGUAGUGUGGAGUUUGUUUGAUACUAUAUUAGGCCUAUCACCAAUGAUCAUAAGAUUCAGAAUCUACCCAUCUUUUCAAGCAAAGGUACAAUUCCAUACAGUAGGUUUAUACUACGUAAUGCAGUAUGUUAUGCGGAAUGGUACCUUGGCUUGUGCAAAAUGGGAUCUCCCAUUCCACCUUGUUCUAACCGGUGAUUCAUGGCCAGUAUGACAGAGUCUGAACCAGUUAGAGGACAUUUAUACAGUAUUAUGGUGUGACUGAAGAGUCAACACACAUACGUGUCCAGCCAUAUACGACAGCCGGGCCAAUAGUUAUGUUACGAUCCAUGCAGCAUUAUACAAUUUAAUAUUGUGCUUAGACAUGUGCAAGUUUGAGAAUAUACUAUCAUCAAAACAUAUUCGAUGCAGGACAUAUAUAUUAGGACAUACAAAUUGUGCACGCUCAGUUUAAGUGAAAACAUAUACAUACUAAAUUCUUUGAACUAUUUUACUAGAACCGUAAAAUGUGUUUGUCUAGGCCUGAAACGUAUGUGAAUGCGUGCGUGACCUUAUUCGCCAGAAAGAAUAAAAACAAUUAACAAAGUCUCCUUGAACAAAACUCUGCAAUAAUAAUUAGAUGGUAGAAUGUAUUUAUCAUUAAACUUUGGAAUGUGCGACACU